AUGCCUAAUCAUGACAAGAUUGUUAAUGAUGUGGAUGAUAGUUCUUAUGUUUUUACCAUGAGUGAUUUAACUACUCCUCUUCCAAUUGUUAAGAAGAAGUUGUUGCAAGGCGGUUUAUUUCCGGGUUGCAUUGAGAAUUGUUAUUUCUGUGAAUCUCAAUCCAAUGGUUGUUGGAAGCUGAAAGAAGGCAUUCACCACCUGAUGGAAAAUCGUACCAUAUUGUUUGAGAAGACUCCUGCUGUGGAAAGCUUAGUUGAGGAAGUAUCUGUGAUCACUAAUUCCAAAACUCCUGUGAGGAUCACCUCUAAAGGUCCUGUGAUGAUUAGUGCUGAGCCUAUAGUGGCUCCCCUGAUUAUUACUAGGCCCCUCCCGAUUCCAUAUUCCUCUAACAAGGCCAUCCCUUGGAAUUAUGGUGUUGAUGUUUACAUUUAUGGUGUAAAGCCAGAGCGUUUGACUGACAAAACUACUAAAGUUACUAAUCCCGACGUCGACAGUAUCGUUGGGACUAGUAAGGUUACUCGAAGUGGAAGGAUUUUAUUCCCAGAAAUCUCUCCGAAGACUGUUACUACUCUUGUUCGUAUCUCUACUUCCGAGCCAUCUACUGAAACUCGAGACAGAGAACCAGUGAUUGAGCAUGUCCAGACGAAGGCGCCGGUUGAAACUACUAUCGAAGAUUCUUCCAAGAAAGAAAUGGAAAGAAUGUUGAAAAUUAUCCGCAAGAGUGAUUACAAUAUUGUCGAACGGUUGGGGCACACCUCCUCCAAGAUCUCUAUGCUAUCUCUAUUGAUGUGCUCCGAGGCCCAUGCUAAAGCUUUGAUGAAGUUUUUGAAAUCUGCACACGUGCCGCAAGAAAUCUCGGUUAACCAGUUUGAAAAUUGUGUUGCUAGCCUGAUAAUUGAUAAUGGCCCAGGCUUUUCUGACACUGACCUGACUCCCACAGGAAGGAACCACAAUAAGGGUUUGCACAUCUCUAUUGAGUGUAGGGGAACUACCUUAUCUGAUGCAUUGGUUGACAAUGGUUCUUCUUUGUAUGUGUUACUGAAGGUUGUUCUUGACAAACUCGAUUACGAAGGGAUUGUGUUGAAGCGUAGUGACGUGGUGGUGAGAGCAUUCGAUGGUUCGAAAAGAAUGGUGCAUGGAGAGUAUCCCGCGAAAGGCGAGAUCGUCACCAUAUGUGGUGAAGAAGAGUACAUGGUUAGUCAUUUGAACAAUUUCAAGUAUGUGGAGAUGGAUGGCGAAUUCUUUGAGACUCCCUGUCAGACAUUUGAAGUGGUUCCUCAGACAGUUUAUAUUGUUGAACCAGUUCCUUAUGUUCCCAAGGUUACUAGAGUACCUCCUACUAUGGACUCUUUGAAAGACACUAGGGCAGUGGUUGAAUACGGCGAGAGCAAUAUUGGGAUGGGUGACCUUCUGGGAACCGAGGAUGAAGGUGAGGAAAAUUGUGAAGUGCCUGGAGAACUCGCCAGACUAUUACAGCAAGAAGAAAAGACCAUACAACCGCACGAAGAACCAGUCGAAGUCUUGAAUUUGGGUACCAAUGAGGAUAAGAAAGAAAUCAAGAUAGGUGCUGGAUUAGAAGGCAGUGUCAAGAAAAAACUGAGUCAAAUGUUACAUGAUUAUGCUGAGAUCUUCGCUUGGUCUUAUGAGGAUAUGUCAGGCCUCGAUACUGACAUUGUGGUUCACCGUUUACCAAUGAAAGAAGGUUGUCCUUCGAUAAAGUAA